GUUCCGUCACCUUACGUAACCUCGCGCGUCACUCUUCUACUACGUACGCGCGUACGCGCACGUACGAUACUACUACUGAACUCCAACUCCAAUACUCCUCUUGACGUUCUGUACGCUAAGUGUCUAUCCCAAAGAGUCGCUAUCACUACUUCCACGUCAUCCCUCGUACCCCCAUGCUCCUCCCUUCUCGUGCACUCCUCAGCACCGACCUCCCUCUUCCGCUCGCCCUGUCGCCAGCUACUCCGCCCUAAUCCGCAACUCUCGCACAUCCGCCACAUGUAGGAUUGGCUCCAGUGCUUUCGUGAGGAUAUCGGUGAUAUUGGGCUUCGACAUGACGUAUUUGAUUCGUGUGUUUGGAGGUAGCUCGAACCCAAGAUCCUCCAUCAACCUCCGCAGACGUUGCUGUGACCGCCUGGCGUUUCGACUGCCAGUCAACCACCGACCCAUAGGCCUUGAAUACGUAGCCUGAGGUGCGACGCCUCGUAUCCAAGCACCCCGCCAGAUCCGCAUCCACCCAUCCCUCCAACGCCUCCGCUGUAUCGUCGCCAUCCAACAACAGCCCUUCGCGCUUCGUCUGCUGCAGAUACUCCGUCACCCUCAGCGCUAGCUGCCAGUGGCUCUCCAGGGGUUUCGACGCGAACCGUGCUAGAUAGGCCGCAGAGAACGCAAUGUCGGCGCGGACCGUGGAUGCGAUCCACUGCAGUGAACCCACUAUCUCCUGGUACGGAGUCAGUGGUGCUGCCGGCGAUUCGUCUUCGUUUUGUGCUCGAGCCAGAGAGCGGAGAUUCAAGGGAACGUUCUGCUUUCGCAGAUUGGUGGGGAAUUUCUUGGAAACGAUCUUGAUUCCCAGAACCUGCGUCACCUCCUCCGUCGUCGUAGUAUUUCAUUCCUUUCCCAGCACAUCGAAUAUCCCAUCUAUCUCCUCUUUCUCCGGCGCGACGACAAUCAAGUCGUCGACGUACGACAAGAUGAUAGUAGGCUUCCUGGCACCAGACUUAUGCCGAACAUACAGUCUCCAGUCGCUUCCUACUCGUUGGAACCCAAGGCCUAGCAGAACAUCACGAAGUUGUAUCCACCAGAUCCUUCCCGACUGCUUCAAUCCGUAGAGGGAACCAUUCAGACGCAGACGUUGCAGCCCUUUGACGGCGUCAUUCCCUUAGGGUACCUCAUGAAGAUGGGUUCGUCCAGACGCCCGUUGAGGUAGGCUCCCUUCACGUCGGCUUGACCUAUUUCGAGGCCGUACUUGGCGGCAAUGAUGAGGAUGAAUCGGAGACUAGUGAAGCGGGAUGUGGGUGACCAAGUCAACUCGUAGUCGACCCCGGGUUGUUGGCUGAAUCCUUGGGCAACGAGUCGUGCUCUGUACUCGAGCACGUCUCCGUUGGCGUCUUUCUUCUUCGCCAAUACCCAUUUCGAUCCCACAACCUUUCUUCCCUUCGGCAGCCCGAUCUCCUCCCAUACGUCCUUCUCCUGAAUCGUAGACAACUCUGUCUUCAUCGCCUUCCGCCAAGCUUCGCUCUCUUCACCGUUGAGAGUUUCGUUGAUAGUAGCAGGGACGUCGUCGGGGGCUUUCGUGAUGGCGUUGAGAACAUACUCGGACCCGAGGUGGUGCCACCUGGCGUCCUUACCGUAGUAGUUCAAUUGAUCGCAUACGUCGUCGAAGGGGAUUGCACCCGUACAGACUUUCGGGGCCGUCGAGCACCUCCGUCAUCCGAACUUUGGACUUCUCCGUCCUCCCUCAUUCUCCAUCGCUUCGCCACCACCCCCUAUCUCCUCCACUACAUCGUCCUCCCCCUUCUCACUCUCUUCGUCGACUUCUUCUAUCGUGGCUCGCAGAGGGAAUGGCGAUGGUGUUCCAAUCUCCUCGUCUAACCGGUAGUGUUCGCCGGUCGCCUUCCGAACCUCGCGAGAGUGUACCAUUUCGCCACUCGUCUCUACUCGUACCAUCCACCCGCUCUUCCCUAUAUCCAACCCGAGCACCCACCCGAGAACGGCUUUCUUGGUGUUCAGCCUAUCCUUCAGACGAGUCUCCUGCGGUAUCUGCACGUAGCAGUAUUCGCCGAAAGCCCUGAUCUCCUUAACGUUCUUAUCCCGCCCCGUAUACCUCUCCCACGCCGAUAUUCUAUCGUCACCCAUUGUUAUCUUCAUCAAGACACAAGAGGCGUAUCGGAUGGCGUAAUCCCAGUAUUGUUUACCGAGUUUGGCCGAGGAGAGCAUCGCCGAGGUCGUUUCUUUGAGGGAACGGAUGUACCGCUCGCAGACGCCGUUGAGCUCGGGCGUGUACCGUGUGGAACGUUGGUGGAUAAGACCGACUCGCUGGUACCAAGCUUGCGCCUCAUUGCUGAGGAACUCGGACUCGUUGUCGGAACGGAGGAAGCGGACCCUGGUACCGCACUGUCGUUCGAUCCUCGCCACGAAGGCUUGGAUGUGCUGGAAAGGGCGUAGGCGUCCCCCAACUUGGAUUUCGUGUAUGGUCCAACAAUAUCCAUAUGGAUCAUUUCGCCAGGCGCUCGUGCUCGACUCGACUGGCGGUUUUUGGGUCCUCGUGCCGCCUUGUGUUCGCUGCAAGCGGGACAGUCCGUCAUCCGGAAGUCCUUGACAAGAAGCGGACAUGUACGCCAGCUAUGGAAAAAAGUACACCUAACGACUCCUAGGCCUCCUCCUCCUCCUCCUCAAGAAUAGUUCCGUCACCUUACGUAACCUCUCGCGCCACUCUUGCUACCAACAACAACAACAACUUGCUACGUACUGAACUCCAACUCCAACAUACUGUACCAACAGAGGUUGGCAGACGUCUCUCUAGGUUGCCCUCGAUCAACCUCACGCGCUCUGUCCCUGCAUCUCCCUCACGCCGCCUUCUCCGCCUCUGCGCCCUCGACAAAACAGAUUACCCCCACGGACACACUUGGCACCUCCUUUAGUGUCAGGAUCGCCCAUGACGACCAUCAACGCAGAUUCGCGUGGCAACAAACAAGGGAAUAUAUAAUUUGACAGCUUUUCAUUUUGCCUCUCUACCUUGUCCCCAAAGCCCUCCCCUCAAACAAUCCUCUGCCCACCGACUAUCGCCACUCACCAAUAUGCCCCCCAAGCUUGCUCCCAAGUACGACAUCGCCGCGGACUUUGCCAUGUCUGGUUCUGCCGACCGAAGGUCCUUCACUUCUGCGGCUACACACGAAGAAGAAGAAGGUGCAGCAGAGUCCGUCAAGCUUUACAACUACCCAGAAGGACUAUGUGGGGUAGCUUGGCUCGAAGAAUACAACAAGGUAUACAGGGAGUACGCUCAUAUGACGGAGGGUCGAUUUGACGCGGUCUGGAAGCCGAAGCGGGCCAACCGAAAGAAGGAAGUGGCCGAGCCAAAGAUCGACCCCGCACUUUCCAAGAUUAUCAUCCAAGUGAUGAAAGGCCAAGGCCACCCGAGCAAAGCCUGCAUUCCAUUCAUAAAGGCCGCCCUUGCACAAUUCCGAUGCUCCAUUCGAAUGAAAGGGGCGGCUUUGCGCGACCUAAGCGCUAGGGUAUCGGAGCUUGAGAAGGAUACUCUGGUGGUCCGGAACUCUGUGAUGAAGUUGCUCUGGGUGUUUUUACUCGAGGAGUCAUUCGAGGAGGAUGAGGAAGAGUGGGUUGACGAGUAGGGAGGCCGAGCAGUGACUCUACAGAAACACUGUGGCUGUGGAUAUAUCAUGGUGGUAACGAAAGCCUUUGUGAUGGGGUGGCUUCAGAAUCUUUUUCAAUCGCUUUUGUGUAAUAUACAUACAAGUAUGCAGAUUCAGUGCUCCAGCCGAGUGCAUCUUUAUUGGUUCUGUCUUUACAUGUUCGAAGGUCGCAGGAUCAAGCGCAUGUAUCGAGACCGUACGUAGACACCCUUUGACCUCUCUAAAGAAGCUGUGAUAUGCA